AUGAAUAACAUUAAAUUAGUAGUUCUUGGAUCUGGAUGUGUUGGAAAGAGUUCACUCACAAUCAGAUAUGUACAUAAUGAGUUCAUUGACCGUUAUGAUCCAACAAUUGAGGAUAUGUACCGAAAGGUUAUAGAGGUUAAUGGUAAUCAUUUUAUGCUGGAGAUUAUGGAUACUGCUGGUACCGAGACAUUCCUGGCGAUGCGUGACUUAUACAUCAGGAAUGGCCAGGCAUUCAUGUUGGUCUACAGCAUAACCUCGCGUAGUACAUUCCAAGAGUUGGAGCAGGUCAAGGACCAGGUGCUGCGCGUCAAGGACCAAUCCGUCGCCAGACUGCCCAUGCUGAUCGUUGGCAACAAGUCGGACUUGGAGUCUGAUCGUAUGGUGUCAUCAGAGGAGACCGAGAAGGUCUGUGCCAAGUGGGGCAUACCAUUCAUUGAGACCUCUGCCAAGACCAACAUGAACAUAUCAACGGCGUUCGAGUUGUUGGUUCGUCAAAUGCAACGCAAGCUAAGUGACAAGGACAAGAAGAAGAAGAGGUCAGUCGUUUGCCAGAUUCUGUAG